AUGAGGAAUCAUCGGAUCUUCGCUCUACUCUUCGCCCUUGCCGGUCCCUGGCAGGUCACUGCUCAGAGGGAACAUCGAUGGUCCACAUUCAGCGAAGUGGAAACCCCAACUUCAGGAUCACCUAUCACGGUCCAAACAUCGGCGGUGAUCACGAUUGCUUCCAAUCCGGUAGCUACUCCCAUGACGACUGCUUUGUCCGUGGAGAAGUCGCAAGGUGCCGUACUUCAGAACGCUACCAUACCGGCCUCCGCUAUCAGUGUAGCGCCAGCACCUAUCAAUGCUGGCGUCAUGACUAUAGCCAUUCACAAUUACUGGACGGCCCCAUUAUCGGUCUCGUACUUCCAAAACAGCGACUCCCCAAGCGCCGUCGGUGCCCCAAAGCCAGCUCCGCUAGGAACAACUACACAGGUAGUGUUGCCCACAAACUGGGCUGGCAGAAUCGUCAUUGGGAAGACCACCGACGCCGACGGCAGCAAGAUCGAAGGCAGCACCACGGUAUGGAACGAUAUCGACGUCAGCUACGUUGACGGUUUCUCCGUACCGAUCGUCUGCUCGAACGCCACUGCGCCCGUCACUGGCUGCAACAUCAACCUAUGGGACGUUAGCGGGCCUUGCAAUAAUACCGUCGGUGAAGAUGCCGUAUGCCUGAACCCUAUGCAGGGAGUCCCCAAUGGGCCAGCCGAUCCUUGGUUUUUGCCGUGCCAAGGUGUCGCCUACACUUUCCCCAACGACAAUGUCGCGAAUGAUGGAAAUACUGGAACAUCAAAUGUCUCAUGCUGCAUUGGGACCGAGGAGAUGGGCUGCAGGGCGCCAGCUAUGCAGGGAAAGGGCAAUGACCAGGCGUCGAAGCGGGCGUUGCAGGCACCAGAGAAGCCGCUUGGGUUGGAAAAGGCGGUGAAGCAUGAUAAAGGAGAUUCCGCAUUGCGACAUGCGCACAGCCAUCUCAAGAAACAUGUUGACCGGGCGAGGUUCCGCGAGCGAGCCUUUUAG